AUUGAAUGUCAGAAGUUCACGUGCGAAUGUAGGACAUGGGAACACACAGGUUUGUUCUGCGAACAUCUGAUUCGAGCAUUCAUGCAAGCACAGGUGGAGAGUAUACCAGGGAGCUAUAUUCUUAGGAGGUACACCAGGAAUGCAAGGAUGGAACUUCCAUUUGACCGACAUGAUGAGAGAUUGGUUGGACCGGAUGGGACAACACAGAAAUACCGGCAAACAACGCUGCUAGUGGUUGCAAUGGCAAUUGUUCGUGCAGGAAGCAUGUCAAGACCGGCAUACGACAAGGCAAUGAAAGAUCUGAAAAUUCUAAGAGGACAUAUUGAGAACCUACCAGCAAACAUUAGACAUUCACAAGGAGAAACAAGUACAAUUACCUCAAGACAGGGUUGGGAGCAAACAUAUAGCAGCCAGGCGACAGAUGGCAUGUGCACAGAAGAAAAUCAUGAUGAAAACAUUCACACUACAACUGUAAAUGGAAUUAUGGAGUCAAGAGCACCACAUAUAAUCAAUAUGGUCAACCGUGCACCCCCUCCAAAGGCCAAAACCAAGGGACGUAGGGUGGAUGAGGGAGAGAAGCGAACACUAGGCGCAAGAGGGCCUAAGAAAUGUAACCGAGCUUGCAAGCUUUGUGGAAUCGCAAAUGGACAUAAUAGAGGAACCUGUCCAGAAAACCCAAAGAACAAGGACAGGAUUGCCAAGCUGAAUCAAGGUCCGAGAAAGAGGGGGAGGCCAAAGGGUAGCGGGAAGUCAACGGUGGCAGGCAAUAAAAAUAAGGUUUGCCGGUCGCUGGAUGAAGAUCUGCACGUGCGUAGAGUUUCUGAGAACUAUUCUGAAGAAGAAUAUUCAGUUGGGGAUGAGGAAAAUGCAACUACAACGGAUGAAGAUUCAGAAUGA